AGAAACAUUUGACCUCCCCAUUCUUCAUAGAUGUUUAAGUCACAUCAUGAGGAAUGCCAAGGAUCUUUGCAAAAAACAAAUUCCCAAACACUACACACUGACAAUGCACAUCUUUGGCCUCCUUGCAUGCUGUUCAACACUGAAAGAGAUGGAUGAGGUGCUUUCUAGUUCAACAGUACUGUUUUGCAGUCCUUGCAAUGGAGCAAAUGUAGCAAAGCACUACAAUAACCUGCAAUUGCUUAUGCAGCAAAGGGGUACCUUUGAACUAGAUGACAAAAACAUCAUUGCUGAAGACUACAAGCAUGAUGUCGGGACCACAUCAAUCAUGGAUCAUUUCAGAACAACAAUCAACAGUGCACCACUUGACCUUGAUGGUGAUUCCAACAUUUAUUACACACCAACAUUAAUUUCCCGUUUGGCCAAAUACUUCCUCCCGCAUGCCAUUCUGUGGUCUGGAAUGAUGUUAGGGGAUCUAGGACGUCAUGGGACAAGCUCAGCAUACCAGAAUUUGAGUAAGCUCUAUAACAAAGUCAAACAAUCAAAGAAACAGAACUUCACUGAAGAUAACCGAACACAGGGCAUCAUGGAGAAGAGUCAAUGGGACCUAAAGCAAAUUCGGCUCCAAAGAAGGCACUUUACAAGACUGGAUGACUUUGUUUGA